AUGAUAAUUGCCAGCACAUACUUCGCUCGCAAAGAUAUGCACAAAGGUACCAUGAAAUCCCCAGAUGGGCUUACAGUAAAUAUGAUAGAUCAUGUCAUUGUAGACUCGAGACACCAAUCGAAUAUAAUAAACGUCCGCACUAGAAGAGGGCAAAUGCGAAUUCUGAUCACUACCUGGUCGAAAGUAGGGUAAGGGCUAGAAUUUUAAACAUCAAAAAGGAAAGAGGCUCGAAACAUAAACGAUACAAGGUAAAAGGACUCAAAGAAACAAACAAAAAUGAAGAGUAUAAGAAAAGGAAUGGAAGAAGGCGAAAGACCAAACAAAAUAUUUAAACAGAUGCCAAUAGAAAAACAAACAAGGGGAAGACUGAAGCUGAGAUACUUAGAACAAAUAGAAAAUGA